CAUAAUCUUCUUCUUCUUCAAAUAUGACAAUUUUUUCUUUUUCAGUUUUAUGCAUUUAUUACAUUACAUCUGAAGCAGUGGAUGUGGAUGAGUUGCUAAUGUUUCUGAGGGAAGACAAGAACAAGAUUUUCUAGUAUAAUUUGACUCUUAAUUAUUCAGGUUUCGAGUUCUUGUAAUUGGAGGAGGUUUUAAAUUCUUUUUUCGAGAAAAUCUAAUCACAAAAAGAAGAUUUUGAUGGGUUCAAUUGCAGAACCAGUCCAAGAAAUAAAAAUCAGCAAGCCCCCGAGCCAUUGUCCUAUUAGUAACUUUUUCUGCGUACACAGCUUACCACGCUACACGAAAAACUACUAGCAUUGAGAAAAGUGCACUCGAUCCCCAAUCACCGGAUGUGAACUUGAAAUCGUCCUUCUCGUGGAGAAGGGCAUAUGCACACAAGCCAUUGGAGAUCACUAGAAAUUCAUGGAUGCUUGGAGCGGGUUGGGAACCAUUUAAUGGUUCCGAUGGUACAUCAUUGCUCGGUGAACUUGACGUGGGGUUCCUCUUUGUUUAUGCUAUCGGAAUGUUCUUCUCUGGGCACGUGGGUGAUCGAAUGGAUCUUAGACGAUUUCUGACUAUAGGAAUGGUGGGAACUGGUGUAUUCACUGCUCUAUUUGGAGUUGGAUAUUGGGCGAACUUUCAUAUCUUUUAUUACUACUUGAUAGUCCAAAUGCUUGCCGGAUUGUUCCAAUCGACUGGUUGGCCUUCUGUGGUUGCAGUCGUAGGUAAUUGGUUCGGCAAGAAGAAGCGAGGACUUAUAAUGGGUAUAUGGAAUGCUCACACCUCGAUUGGGAACAUUACAGGGUCUCUGGUUGCUUCUAUUUUGUUGAAGUAUGGAUGGGGUUGGUCCAUGGUUGUUCCCGGUCUAGGUACAACUUUUAUCGGGCUAGCCGUAUUUCUUUUGUUACCAGUAAGUCCUGAAUCCGUUGGAGCUGAUAUAGACUACGAUGAUCUCCCCUCUCCCCAAAAAGUAGGAGAAGAAGUAGCAGAACCUCUGUUGAAGCCAGGGGUCGAAGAUGAGUCAGCUGUCGGAUUUUUAGAAGCAUGGAGAAUUCCCGGCGUUGCUCCUUUUGCUCUCUGCCUUUUCUUUGCUAAGUUGGUGGCUUACACGUUCCUCUACUGGCUUCCUUUCUACAUUAGCCACACAGCUAUUGAGGGAAGGUAUGUGUCAAAUGAAGAAUCUGGGUCUUUAUCUACAAUGUUUGACGUUGGAGGUGUAGUUGGAGGGAUCCUGGCCGGCCACAUUUCUGAUCGGUUAGGUGCACGGGCCAUAACAGCCGCAAGUUUCAUGUACUGUGCUAUCCCGGCCCUCUUUUUCUACAGAAGCUAUGGGCACGUUUCCAUGACUGUCAAUAUCGUCCUCAUGUUGAUCACAGGCAUGUUUGUGAAUGGACCGUAUGCGCUCAUCACAACUGCAGUUUCAGCUGAUCUGGGAACACAGCUCUUUAAGAGGGAAUUCCAGGGCCCUAGCCACGGUCACGGCCAUUAUAGAUGGGACGGGUUCCAUUGGGGCCGCCAUAGGUCCGCUGCUAACAGGAUACAUUUCAGCGAGCUGGACUGCAGUUUUCUCGAUGCUGAUGGUAUCAGCUCUAAUAGCUGGCUUGCUUAUAACAAGACUCGUGGUGGCCGAGGUGACUGUAAAGUUUCAAUCAGCACACGCAUCCGAUAGGUCAAGGUCAUCUACACUUGAAGUAUGAUAUCUCUAAAAUGGCUUAAGAUUCAUUUUUCCGCGUGACAACCCGUCUCAAGUUAAUAUCCUGAGAGGUUAUGGACGAUAGGAAGGCGUCUUACUUUCUUCUUCGCAAUUUGAAAUUACAAAGAGAAGAACUGGCCGUUCUCUUAAUUUUAUACUUUGUAUAAAAGCGCAUCGUGUUUACAUUCUUGUUCGCAUAAGCGGUAAGCCACAAGAAAUGCUUAUCAUUAGAUCGUAACCUUCUCAUUUGUUAUAUACAGUACAAGCUUAUGGGACAUUUUUAAGUAAUACAGCUGCA